AUGACAAAUACCCUGCGCGACUUCGAAAGCCCAUACGGUCGUGAUGAGAACGAGCUCCUCAACCUCAUGAAGAUGGCAAUCGCCGGCAGCGAGUCCGGCGCCGCGGCGCCGCAAAUGCUGGCCGGUCUCGCAACCGGGGUCAGUGCCACCGCCGCCGGCGUCGACGCGUGGCACCUCAGCGACCCCAAGUUCGCCAUCAUGGCCAAGAUCGGGGCCAGGCACGCGGCGGCUGGGAAGAGCCAGGAGCAGGAGACGAGCGUGCACGCGCAGCUGCUCGCGGCCAAGACCCCGGCGGAGGCCGCGGGCAUCGUGUUGCAGGGCCUGGCGAUCCGCGUGGCUGAUGUUUUGCAUACGGAUCCUUCGGAGAUCGAUGAGCAUCGGUUCUUGCAUACGUCCGGCAUAGACUCUCUGGUCUCUAUUCAGAUUGUGGAUUGGGCCCUGAAGUCGUGCGAGUCGCGGAUCACGGUGCUGGAUGUCAUGGCUGCGGUGCCCAUCAAUGAAACGGCGCGGAAGAUCGCUGCGAAGUCGUCGAUCACACCAAAGGAUGUUGAGCAGAAUUGA